AUGAAGCAAACAAAGGCCAUCAUCAUUGGCGGAGGACCCGCGGGCAUUGCAACCGCUCUACGUUUACACCAGAAAGCAAACGUGAAGUGCACAAUCUAUGAACUUCGACCAGAGCCUUCCACACUGGGAAGCGCCAUCGGCAUCAUGCCAAAUGGCCUUCGCCUGCUUGAUCGUUUGGGAGUUUACUCGGAGCUCAAGGAGCGCGGAAGCAGUCACUCAACCAUGACUAUACACUCCAUCAACGGAGGGAUACUGGGUCAGAGAGACAUGGUUGCUGAAGCGAGAGAGCAAACUGGAUAUGGAUAUAUGCGAAUCAAGCGAACUGAUCUACAGGACACCCUGUUGAAAACGGUCGAUAAAGCUGGUAUCGCGUUGUACUACAACAAGUCUCUCACCUCCAUCACAGAAUCAGUAGAUUCAGUCACCGUGACCUUCUCUGACGGAACAAGCGAAACAGCAGACUUGAUCCUUGGAUGCGAUGGGAUUCACUCUGCCGUACGACGCCUACAUGUCGAUCCAGAACAGGUACCUGUAUACACAGCGAUGUCAGGCCUCGGCGCUCUGGUCCCAAGUUCUUGUGUUUCGGAGGCAGCUCGACAAGAAAUGAGAGGCCUGAAUGUCACAAUGACUCAGGAAGGUAUGUUUGGCGUCAUGACAUGUACUGCUUCCGACGAUGAGAUUCUUUGGUUUCUGUCCAAAGAAGUUCCGCUUCCAGACUCUGAGAACGCCCGUAACGGAUGGGAACUUCAUCGACGGGAGGAAGUGGAGGGAUUCAAGACUCAACUUCACGACACUUUGAAGGUUGCUGGUGGAGAAUGGGGGAGUAAACUGCGAGAGCUGAUCAGCAAUACUACUGCCGUCAAGUUCUACCCGAUCUACAAGUUACCUACCGGAGGAAGAUGGUACAAAGGAAGAACUCUUCUGCUUGGCGAUGCCGCACAUGCCAUGCCUCCUCACGCAGGACAAGGUGUGUCGAUGGCAUUUGAAGACGCGUUUCUCCUUGCGCGACUUCUAGAGAAGGAACAGUCACUCGAGGAUACAUUCAAGCAGUUUGACGACACCCGAAGGCCAAGAGUUGAGGAUAUUGCAAACAGAUCCUCUGGCAAUGCCAAAUUGAGAAGAAAGACAGGGCCGUGGGGUUUAUGGCUGAAGGAGACGGGACUCUGGCUGUUUUUGCAAGGUGCCUGGGCUUUUGGUAUGGAUCGAUGGGGAUCAGAGACCCAGCAGAUGGUAUACGAUAUUGACAAAGUCAGCAUUUGA